UAAUACGCAAGAUCUCACUUCCUGUACGUAACUCGGCCUUGGUGUCCCUUGCAGCCCGUGCCCGUUCCAUCAUUGACUCCCAGUGAAAACGCGCUCUGAUGGGAAAGGUUCAGAGAUGCUGAAGUACAAAAUAUGUUGUACUGUACUAUUGAGACAUGCCCCCGGACGCUCCCUAUGAUGCUUGGCCGAAAAUUUGCCUAUUUGAGGCCCAAAUUUUGCUGUCCGUUUCUGCCUGAUAAUUUGGUGCCUUGGGAAGCUACUCCAGUGCUCCAAACACGCCAUAAAUCAUUAUGCAUUAGCUUGGCAAUUACAUACACAGUACUUACUUUUCUGUAUGCUGCACGAAAUAAGCCAAAUCAUUCGAAUUCUCACUUGCGAGUAUCGUAUUUGAUAGUUCGCCUCAGACAACCUUUUGGCGCAUUUUGCUAUUGCGACGGAGAAUUCAAGAAGAUCGCACAGGAUCAUAAUAUCAUUGACAAUAUAAACAUAGGGCUUUUAUUAGCUACACGUGAUAGACUUGCAUCAGGAUUGGAGCUGUAUGAAUCUUGUAAAAAAUCUCACAUCUGGGAGACCAUUAUCAUCAUCCACUUCAAGAUAUCAUAGCUCGAGUGAACUAGUUUUCCAAAUUGUCCACCUACAAUCUCGGUUGAGAGCCUAUCUCAGGGAGUCGGGCAUCGGGGUGGAAGCCAGGGAAUCUUUGAUGUGUUGAGAG